AGUGCCAGUUGCCACUUGGCUGGCCUCCGUAUCGGGGAUGCAGCCAUGAUGAUGGCAUUCCGUACAGUCAUUGUAGCUGUGCUGGCAGGGCCAGCGCUUGCCACCGUCUUGGCAAGGACAAAGCUGCGGCAAUCAUCGGGAUCGUGGCAGGACUUCUCACCUUGCAGCUGUGCCCAAUGCCUGGGAGAACACAGAAAUGAAGGUGGAGCAGGAAGCGUCGGCUUCCAGUGCUUCCCAAAGAGUUCAAGCUUGGCCGACUGUCGCCAGUCGGAGGACAUGGCUGCUCGCGUGGUGCAGAGUGCGGACGUCGUGAGCUACGACCGCUACUGCUUGUAUACUUGCAAGCCCCUACUGACUGAUGAGAUCAAGCCCGUGGUGGAUUGUGCACACCUUGAUCAUCACGAGAUAACGGAUCUGGCUCAGAGUCCCACUUCCAAUGGAAGGGAGAUUGUGUAUGAGGCACAUCCUUUGGCGCGAGUGGGACCUAUCUCGCAAUGGGUUCCGCUGCCUGAGGCAUCUGCCACAAAUCCAACUUUGGAUGCCAGGUCCAGUGAUCCAGUCGGCGCAAUCAGAGGAACUUUCUCAUCUUUGAGGAGACAGGAAGCCGCCGCUCCAGGUGUCAGCCCAUACAACCUUCCCGAUGCUGCUAAGGCCCCUCCACUAUGCGUUUGCCACUGUGGCAACAGAGUGAACCGCUUCCGCCAGACGGAAAGCGACGGUAUUGUUUACCCCAAGCCGAAGCAGGUGAAGUUGCCACUGUCUGUAACAUCUUCUGGGAAUCCAGCAGUACAACCAGAGCCUCUACAGCCUCCAAUGCCACCGCCUCCUCCAGCAGACUUGCCGCCACCGUCAAUGCCUCUGGGGUUGUUUCCUGGCCAGGAGCUGCCACCACUGCCCGAGGCUCCCCUGGAGAUCACCGCGCCUUUAUCGCCAUCUGAAAUAGGGUUGCCAGAGGCCGGAGCGACUUCAGAGAAGGCUUCGGAGAAGCCAGUUUCCUUCUUGCAGGAGGUGCUGGGGCGCGUUUACAAGGUCUUGUGGCACUUGCAGCUUCGCGCCAUGGCGGCCACGGAAGUGGUAGCCUUGAUGUUCCCCGGCUCACUGAAGAUCUUUCAGCGGAGCACGGAGGCAAACUACAGGAUAGAGAUUGCUCGGCACUACAUCAUCAAUGUUCGUCAGCUUUGGAUGUUCCUCAGACAUGCAGCCCAUUUGUCGGAUCAUCUGCGGGGCGUCACUCUGGACGGCUUGGAAAAGGCAUGCUCGGCCAUCCACAGUUUGGCUUGUUCGCUGCGAACCCAAGAGCAACACGAGGCAGGCAUUGCACUAAUUUUCAAACAGCCCCGAAGUUUACAACAUGAUGAAUGGAUUCAAGAAGCGGUCAAGUGUUACUGCACUUGCUGA